AUGUAUGGAAAGUUAACUUGGGACAAAUUAAAUGACAUGUGCUGCAAUGAUACUGACCCAAAUCGACCAAUAACACAAUGUCCAUUUGAUAAAUUUGUAACCAUUAAUAGAUGGGGCUCUAUAGAACCGAAAAGGGAAACACCUGCCAUUUAUGCUUGUGGUAAAUUGGUGAAAACAUUAGUGCAAACUUGGGUUCAAGAAACCUUAAAUGAUGUAUACAAUUUAUAUCAAGACUGCUAUGAACAGCAACAAUCCAUCUUUCCAUUUGCUGGUAACAAUCGCCAAAAAGUAUCACAGUUAUUAGAUGAAAUACAAGAGAAACACGCUGAACUACCACCCAAUAUUAGAUUAGCUUAUAUGAAAGCUAUGCCGUGGUUUACGUUUACGUAUUCAACUGAUGCAUUAGGUGGUUUUCCUUGUUAUAUGAUGUAUGCUGCCACAAAGUACCUUAAUCAAAAACUAGUCCGUGAAGCCUUACACGUGCCUGACUAUGUCAGCAAAUGGAAGUUUUGCACUUUUCUAAAUUAUUACAAGCAAGUAAAUGACACAAAAGAUUACUUCAAAAAUAUCCUCGAAAAUAUUGAAUAUCCCUUACAUGUGUUGAUUUAUGUUGGCGAUACAGAUUCAAUCUGUAGUAUGAGUCAAUCAGAAUGGUUUGUAGAGGACUUCAAAGCUAAGCGCGAAACAACUCCUUGGUUCUAUCGUUUAUCAGAAAAGUAUGAGUAUCAAGUUGGUGGCUACUGGAAACGAUAUGUGAAAGAUUAUCUUACAUUAGAUAUGCUUACAGUUAAGGGUGCUGGACAUAUGGUACCAACUGAUCGCGCUGGUCCUUGUCUUCAAAUGAUUACUAAUUUUGUUCAUGGCAAAGACUACGGCGAAACUUAUCUAUUCAACUAUGAAAGAAAACCAUUGUUACCAGAUUUUACUCCUUUACCGACAGAAACAAUACAAACAACUACUCGUAUUAGCACUGUUACAUCGAUUUCAACAGGUACGAUUGAUUAA